GUAAAGAGUAGCUUAGCUAACCAAACUUCUAACCUUUCUUAGUGUUAUGACUCUCUCUACAGUUUUUUUGUAAGCACCGAUAUUCUUUCAUUCAGCUGAAAGACAACCCUCCACGAAAUGCGGUCAAUUCCUCUUGGAACCUCAGUAUCUCCAAAACCUAUAAACACCUCAAAAAUUUCAUCUUUCAAUAUUAAUUUUAAGAAAUCAAAUAUUUUACCAUCUUGGGUUUCACCUUCAUCUCAUGAAUUCUCUAUUAUUUCUCUCUCACAAUCAGGGUUAUGCAGAGCCAGUCAAGUUGUUGAUUUGUUCCAAACUGUGUCUCCUGAAAUUACUGUCAGAGAGGCAAGAUUAGAGGACUGUUGGGAAGUGGCAGAGACUCAUUGCAGCUCUUUCUUUCCCGAAUAUUCCUUUCCAUUAGAUUUUGUGUUGAGAAUGGAUAGAUUGGUGGCUAUGUUAGCAGGAUUCUCUUUACCAAAUGGUUGCAAACGAACCUGUUUGGUUGCUGUUAUUGGCAAUUCCCUUGAUCAAACUUUCUUAUUUGGAAGUGAAGAUUUUAAAAUUGGGGGUUUUGAUGGGAAAUUAAGCCUCAACAAGGGAUAUGUGGCUGGCAUAUUAACAGUAGAUACAGUUGCAGAUUUUCUACCUAGAAAGGGGCCGUUGCGACAGAGAAGGACUGGAAUUGCAUACAUAUCAAAUGUGGCAGUCAGAGAAAAAUUUAGACAGAAAGGAAUAGCCAAACAAUUGGUGGCUAAGGCAGAAUCACAAGCCAGAAGUUGGGGAUGUCGUGCCAUCGCGUUACACUGCGAUUUACGAAAUCCCGCAGCGACUAAGUUAUACCAAGGCCAAGGUUUCAAAUCUAUAAAGGUUCCAGAAGGAGCUAACUGGCCUCAACCAAAGACCUCACCAGAUGUUAUGUUCAACUUCAUGAUGAAGCUUCUCAAUAAAUCAGCAGUUUGUAAAACUAAUUAGAUACUUAAUAGAUAGAAUUUUUUAUGUUGUACAAUGUAAUGUAUUUAAGAAAAGAAAAAUGUAGCAAGAUGGUCUAUUUGGUGUGUGUAUAAGUAAACCAAGGAAUUAGAAAAAAAAUUCAUUUAAAAACCUUUGGAAUUGCACAGGUAGCAGCAAGCAUUUGUAUAGUUGUAUUGUAUUGGCAUUGAUUCAUUUAUCCCAA